AGUUUAGUUGGAGGAGGGGCAUGCUUAAGUCUUAGGACUGAGAUGAAAAAAGAGAUGGAGACAGGGGUUUGGUGCUCCUUCACACACACACACACACACACACACACACACACACACACACACACACAUACACUUGCAUGCACACACGUCUCAUUAUCUGUAACCCCACUUAGCAGAGACAAGCAAACAUUCAAUGCCUUCUCCUUUCUUCAGUUUUCUCUCCUCUGUUCUCGCUCUCUUUCUCUCUCUUUGUCGCUCAUUCUCCUCACAUUCUUUCUCUCCACCUGUUGAGUGUGAAGGUGUUUGAGGCUGAUUAUAGUGUAAUAGAACUGACCUCCCUCUGUUUCUCAUCGUCAUGUCCUGGAGAUUUCCUCCCUGAGGAGUCUUGUUUGUGUUGUUAAAAAUGUUGAUAUAAAUCUUUCUUUCUUUUUUCCUGACCUAUUUGUCUUGUGUAUUUUAUUUGCCAGAAGGAAUGAAUGAGGUUGUGUGUGUGUGCCUUUAUGUCUUUGUUCACAGCUUGCCUUGCCAGUCUGCAUAUACAAACAGUUAUUCAAAUUAUUAUACAAGAACCUAUACAUAGGUCUAGUGUUUGUGAGUGUGUUCUAACAGUUGUCUUGUUUUCAGGAGGACAUGCAAGAUGAAGAUGAAGCUCUGGGAUACAGUACAUCUCUGGAUGGAGACCAGUCUCCUGUAGCGUCGGAUCAGAUGGUGGAGGGCAGGCGUGGUGGGGCUGGAGCCGGGCUGGAGGGCCUGGCUGGAGGGGCUGGGGGGAGGGCUCUGGCAAGACCUGUGGCGUGGCCCCAGGAACUUGCCUGCUCCCUGUGCAAACGGCUGUUCAGCAGCCUGGAGCAGCUCAGGGAGCAUGAGUACCGACACACCCUGUCCCUCAUGGCCCUGUCCAUGGACUGGUCUGACCUCAAGGGCCCCCACCACUUCUCCAGCCCCCUCAGCCACAGCCGGCACUCCCAGUCCCUCAUCCAAGCCCAAUCUCUCUACCGCCCUCGGGUGGGUGAGCCCCCGCCAGGCCGCUACCUCUGCUCCCAGUGCCCAGCUAGCUUUACUCUCAAGUCCAACGCGGACCGUCAUGAGAAGACCAUCCAUUUCAAGAAGAAGCUGAUGCAGUGUGUGUACUGCCUGAAGCACUUCCGGGACCGCACAGACCUGCACAGACACCUAUCGUCAGUGCACUCCAGAGAGAGGGGGCACAGCUGCCCGGCCUGUGCCAAGGCUUUCAGUACCCAGAAGAACCUGGCCACCCACGUGAAGGUGUGCCUCCAGGCAGGGGGAACGGUUGGGGCAGGCCCUGGUGGGGGGGCAGAGCAAAUGUGGAGCUUGCCAGAGAUGAAUGCUGACACCCAUAGUAAUAAUGAUUCCCAUUAUCAUCAUGUCAAUGUGGAAGACUGAGUUUGGAUUGUCAUCUAAGCGUCUGUAUACCCACAAGCAGUGCACUUUACCAUUGAGUAGAAUCUAAAGUCUCUAAAGCAAUAUUAUGCCCAUAGUGCAUUUAUUACACAGGUAAAAAGCACUUAUAAACAUUGUCGUUAUUUCUAUGUAUGUAUUUCUAUGGCCAGCUUUUGUGCGGCUGUAAAAUAAAUAGUAAACUAGCUAUGCAAUGGUACUUGUUGGGCUGUAUCAUUGGCUGAGAUUCACUCAGCUUAUUCCAGCUCCUGUACCUGUGUCUGUCUGUGUAUGUUGUGUCUGUGUAUCUUUUGUGCACUGUGAAUGUUGCUAUUGAAGAUGGUUGAAUGACCAUUUGGAACUCAUGGUAUUACUGACCCAACCGUGCUGUGAAGCUGUAGGCCUCCAGGGACGGCAUGGGGGGCAGGGUGGGGGAUGGUCUCCUCCUCCCUUUCCUCCUCUUCACCCCCAGUCUCCCUCUCUGUCGCCAGUAAACACACAGCCUAGUCCCUUCUCCUUAUUAGGCAGGGAGAUCUUUAUCUGUCUCUCCUUUAAAGAGACACAGGAACCCCCACUCGGAGGCUCAGUGGUGUGCUCCACUGCUCCUCCUGAAGGAACUCACCUGUACUGCUCUGCCAUCGCUCGGGUUCCACUCACUCAAGCUGUUCUUCGCAAUCAUCUUAAAGCCAUGCAUUUUGGAGUGGUCUUGACAACAUCCCUUUAUUGUCUCUUUUGUCCUUUCGUUGGAUUCUGUGCUAUUUUAAUACGUGAGAUCUCAAUUGAUCUGGGGUACAGGCUGGCCUGGAGAGCUCAGAACAGCCCCACAGAUCUGCCUUGUCAGAGGGCGUUGUUGGGGACACAGUGUGACUGACCAUUAGCUUAUGUAGUCGUCAGAGUGCUGGAUGGCCCUGCCUUCACUGGGGCUUCACUCUCUUCUUAACAGGAUAGAUUUAGGUAAAAGGCUAUGGAUUUCAAAGCCACUUAGAUAAUAGAGGGACAUUAUGUCUGGGAUUGAGGACGUAUUUUGCUAGGCAUAGGGCCCCGACCUUGCUAUAUGCAGCUUUAAAUGUCACCUCUUUUAGCCCAAUCUGAUUGACUUCUGACCCAUUAAAUACAGAGGAAGGAGUAAUGUGUAGCAGGGAAGAGAGGAGAGGAAAGAGGGGGAUUUAAGGAAGGUAAGCGAGGGAGUGGAAUGGGCUAAACGAGUGUGAGGAUGAAGGAGGGAAAGAGAGAUGCAGGGAACAGCAGGGAAUCAGAAUGUGUGUUUCUCAGGGUGGGAUGCUGGAUGUGAGUGCCAGGGUCAACCUGAGAACUAGGCCAGUCAUCUCCCUCCUGACAGGAAGUUCCACAUAGACAAGCCCAUUUCUGCUUGCUCGUUAUCUGAUCGAGUGACAGAGUGGCGUUGAGGAGUUUGGUUUGAAAUUAUAAUUUAAGUGAAUGGUUACUCUAUGAAUUCAUCGGUUUGGUGGUGAAUCGGUUGGCUUGUUGAUUAAUAGAGGUCUUGAUGGAACCAAGCAGAUGGAUGUCUCUCUUUGCCUGUACUGAUACUGUGAACACUGCCUCAAGGAAAACUUAUUCUCAGGGGCCUGAUUUCCUCUGUCUGCUUACUGCUUCUGAUCCGUAAUGACCCAUCCAGGUUUGGUCUUUGCCACACCACAAGGUGUGAGGAUAAGUUUGGGUGAGAAAGUGGAACUUGGCACCCAUUUAAGGAACUCAUCCACAUGCUGACAUAUAUAAAGAGGAACUCACGUUAAUGUCAAAGUAAAGAUCCCUUUUCUCAGGGAAUGACAUUCCUGGCCUCUGGUCAACCCCAGGAAAACAGACUAUGUUGAAGUGAAAACAGAAACUAGCUAGGAACUCAGAAAUCUUAGCCAUGCUCGUUUUGGUUGCAUUAUCGUGACUUGUGAUUUUAAAAUUGAUUAUAUAGUAUUUUAGCAAUUAUCUCUCUAUGAUGCCCACACAUAGGAGUGUAUUUUUCUAAAGUUGAAAUUCCCUCAUAGUUUGUAUAUUGUGUUCUCAAUAAACUGUAAUGCAGAACUUCA